AUGCCUUUCCCAGUACUUUUCAUCAACAAACAAGAUUCAUCAAUAUGGCUAAUAAUACGGAGCAAAAGUGGCAAAUAAUUGCAAAGAAAAAGAAGGAUGAACAAUACUCACGUCUGCCUACCGAAUGGCUGCUGAACAGCUCUCCAUCACCCGAUGUCAGGACAUACAUCGACAUACCGAGGAAGAGUGGAAUCUUGAGCCAGGAAGAACUCAGAAUCACAGAGGAGUUCGAUGCUACCGCGCUGGCCGAGGCUAUCAGAAGAAAAGAAUUGAAAUGCGUAGAUGUCACAAAAGCAUUUUGCAAGAGAGCUGCAAUUGCACACCAACUAACGAACUGUCUUACCGAAAUAUUGUUCGAUGAGGCUCUGUCCCGUGCCAAAGAACUAGAUGCACAUCUAGCUGCUGGAAAGUCCCCCUUAGGUCCGCUCCAUGGGGUACCCGUCUCGCUGAAAGACACGUUCAAAAUCAAAGGCUAUGACGCAUCUAUUGGUAUUGCGGCAUUAGCUUUCAAUCCAGCAACCGAGAACUCUGUACUCGUGGAUGCUCUUUUGAAAGCAGGUGCAGUCCUAUACUGCAAGACCAAUGUUCCGCAAACACUCAUGGCUCUCGAUUCCCAUAAUAACACUUUCGGCCGUACCCUUAACCCCUUUAACACGCUCGUCACGGCCGGUGGAAGCAGCGGUGGCGAGGGUGCAUUACUGGGUAUGAGAGGUUCUGUUCUGGGAGUGGGAACGGAUGUCGGGGGAUCAAUUCGAAUUCCUGCCAUGUGUAACGGCACGUUGGGCUUGAAGCCUAGCUGGCAACGUAUCUCGUAUGCCGGACAGGAAGGCGGUACGCUCCCGGCAAUCGCCAAACUUGGUAUUCCCGCGAGUGCAGGUCCGUUGGCCCACUCUGCGAGGGACAUCGAGCUCUUCUUUAAGGCGCUCGCCGAGCAGAAAUCCUGGGAGCAGGACCCGGAUGUUUUGCCAUCACCUUGGAACACGCUGUCUUCAACUUCGGGACGCAAACUUCGUAUUGGUGUCGUGAGGAGGGAUGGAGUGAUCGAGCCGCAUCCACCGAUCGCAAGACUUUUGGAUGAAGUUGCAUCGAAGAUGCGCCACGCGGGUAUUGAGGUAGUCGAGAUGGAUAUUACACCCAUCUUCUCCCAAUGCCAGUCACUGGCAAAUUCUCUCUUCGGCAUCGAGGGCGGGAAUGCAAUGUUCGAUCUCCUAGAAUCCGCCAACGAACCCCUUUCCCCGUGGCUUUCCACAAGAUUGCGACGCAAAGAGCCACUUUCGCUCGAGAAGGUGCGCCAACUUCACGCCAAAAAGACGGAACUACAAACAAAGUUCCUGAAGAUCUGGAAGGAUGCAACUGGCCAAGAAAUCGAUGCCUUGAUCACGCCUGUGGCUCCACAUCCAGUGCCACCAAUCGAUCGUUGGAAUGGCGUAAGCUACACAAGCAGCUUCGUCCUGCUAGACUAUCCUGCGGGCACAGUUCCGGUUAGGUUCUUCGAGCGAGCAGACAUGCAAGGCGAGCUUCCAAAUACAAAGCCGCUGGGUAGUUGGGACAAGGCAAAUCGCGAGCUAUGGAACAAUGUCGAUCGCGAAACAUAUCUGGGCACACCACUAUGCGUGCAAGUCGUGGCUCCCAAACUCGAAGAGCGAAAGCUAUGUGAGGCCAUGGCUGCCAUUGAAACUGCAAUCAAGGGUACUGGAAAGGGGCCAGCGUCGAAAUUGUAGAUGGAAUCAGCUCUCGGGAAAUAUAUGUAAAUAUUAAAAAGGGUAUCUUUAAGUAAGAAUUAAAUCAUUCAUCC